CCAAAGCCAACUUUAUUUCCACAUACAAACUGCAAGAUUUUAAAUGUCUACCUUGAUAUACCGCUAUACGAAGCGAUGCAAGUUUUCUCCAGAUACGUACGGUGCACUUUAACCUCCCACAGGUUCAUCGGCCUCGCCUGGACAGAGAGCGCUGAAUUCACUGUGCACAAAUUAGCUUGAACUCUUGCCUGCAAUGGAGGGCCUUUAGAGGGCGUCUAACAAACAUGCGACAUGACGAUGUUAGAGCAAGCUAAGGCUCUUUCAUUACGAAAAAGAAGAGCAUACCUGUGUAUCCUCUGGUUAGCGCAGCUUAGUUUUAUCAACCAGAUAUCGGCGCAUUCUCGCUAUGAACUUAGGCUAGGCUGCGAAGGGCAUCCGGCUUCGUCGCCAUAUAGCGACACUGGCGCCCUAGUAGAUACAUCUGGAACAUUAGAAAGAAAUGCGUCAUUAACUGUGUUUGAUAGCGCUUACAGCGAUAGCGUGACGGAAUCGUUAUGCCGGGGAGCAAGCUACCACGUUCAGGUCUCCUUCCCCACAGCCCGGCGGCGGAGGGUGGUGCUGAUUGCCAGCCAGGGGACCCUCAGCGGCGCCUCGGAGUCAAGUCCCAACCGCUAUGUGUACGACAGCCCCUCCCCGGCAGCCUCCUCCGGUGGCCCGCCGGUGCGGCCCCAGGGCUUCACCUCUGAGCUGCAUGUGCCCUGCGGCGCGGCAGGUCCCUCCCUGCAGCUCACCCUGCUCACACCCCUUCUCGCACCCAGCAGCUCCCACGCCCCGCUCCUAAAUGCUUCCAUCACCCUCCACCUGGAUGACUCGUGUACGGCAACUGCAUGUACGGCAGCAGCAGCAGGAUUGGGCCGUACGGCAGUAGCGAUGGCAGCAGCAGCAGGAAUGCGCCGUACGGCCAUAGCACGGAGAUCUGCGGCGGAGGAAGCAGCAGGAUCAGCGGCAGUAGCUGGCCGCCGUGCACUAGCUGCGGUGGCGAAGAGCCCGCCCCCGCCGCCCUUCCUCGCAUCAACAGCCACCACCGCCGCCUGGCGCGGCACCUCCCAGCUCGCCCUCUACUCCGCUAGGGCUCCCUUCGCGGACGCAGUCACCGCCUGCGCCGCCUCCGCCGCCACCCUCGCCUCCGCCUCGCAGUGGACCCUCGCACUUGAAGACAUGGCGGCCAGUCGCGGCGGGCCGCUGGGGGAACUGCUCGUACAACUCAUGCUGCAGCUGUACGACAGUGGAGAGGGGGCGGCGUGGCACGUGUGGAUUGACGGCGGCGGCAGCGGCUGUGGCGCCUUGCAGCUGGAUAGUGCAACGGUGGCGGUGGCGAGGGUGACGGCGGCGGCGGCGGCGUGCGGGCAGCAGCUGUUUUUCAUGUGUGUGGGGGCGGUGCCCGGAAGUCCGGGAGGGGCGCCGCCUCCGCCGCCAAAGGUGUCGCCUUCGCCGCCGCCGCGGCCACCUCCGCCGUUGUUGUCGCCGCCAUCGCCGCCGCCGCGGCCACCUCCGCCGUUGUUGUCGCCGCCACCGCCGCCGCCGCCUCCACAGCGGCAACCGCCGUCGCGCUUGCCGCCGCCAUCGCCGUCAAGUAUAACCGGAGGCACCGCCGCCACCUGGAACGGCCACAUCUGGACCUUCUUCCCGCCGCGGGUGGCCAUCGCAGACGCAGACGCGCACUGCUCCUCCCUGGCACCCGCCGGCAGCCACCGCCUGGGGGGUCUGGGUGAGCUAGCAGCGUUGGAAGAGGCGCUGGUGGCGGGCAGCGUGGCGGGCAUGUUUGCUGCGCUGUCGAACGCCAUGUUUAGUUUCGGAAGCUACGAGGGCAGGCCGUGGAACAUCUGGGCUGCGGGCGGCGGCGGGCCCAAGGCCGGCGGAUGCGGGUGUGUACGGAUGGAUCCCAUGGCCAUUGUGAUUACAAAUGCCACGUUACGUGGGAGCUGUCAGCAGAAGUUGAUGUUUAUAUGCGUGGGGAGUCAGCAGGCGGGAUCGCCGCUGGCACCGCCACCGCGGCAGCCACCGCCUCCGCCGCCGUUGCCGCCGCCGUCGCCGGCACCAAGUCCGCCACCGAAGCGACGGAAGCCGCCGCCGCCGCCAGCGCCGCCUCCACCGAUACCGCCUCGCUCUCCUCCUCCACCGAGGCCGCCUCCUCCGGGCACCCCCACCCCGGUACCGCCCACGCCGCCGCCUCCGCGCCCUCCUAAGCACAAACGUUCUCCGCCCCCACGUCCGCCCCUGACGAUCCCUCCCCAGCCGUCGCCGCCGUCGCCACAACCGCGACCGCCGCCACCGCCGUCACCCUCGCCGCGGCCCCCGCCGCGGCCCCCACCGCCGCCGCCGUCGCCGCCACCCCGACCUCCACCGCCGCCGUCGCCGCAGCCCCGGCCCCCACCUCCCAUUCCCUGGCCCUCCCAGCAGCCCCUUCCGCCGCCACCGCAGUUGCCAUCACCACCACCCCGCCCACAGCCGCCGUCGCCACCCCGACCUCCGUCACCCUCUCCGAGACCUCAGCCUCCGUCGCCGCCACCCAACCCACGACCACCAUCACCUUCCCCAGCACCUCCACUUCCGCCAUCCCCACCGCCGUCUCCUCCACUGCCGCCAGCCCCUUCCCCAUCGCCCCCAACACCACCUUCCGAACCUCCCUCACCACCGUCACCUCCAUCCCCAUCCCCACCGCCACCGCUACCUCCCUCGCCGCUGCCGUCACCGCCUGCACCACCAUCUCCGAUACCAUUACCUCCACCCUCGCCACCGUCACCGCCUCCUCCGCCGCUGCCCCCCUCGCCGUCACCCUCACCCCCCCUCGCGCCCUCGCCACCCCAGUCCUGCCUGCACUCCAAUCAGGGCUACGCAUGCUCGAUGGCACUGGGGGAGGGCAUGCGGCUGCACUGGAGUCCGGCUACGGCGCUGGCAGCGGCGGCGGGAGGUACGGCAGCCUCGCUCACCGCGCCGCCGGCAGCUAGCGCCUGCGCCUCCUUGUAUGCGGUACCCGCAGACGUGAGCAGCAGCAGCAGCGAUGGCAGCAGCAGCGGCGGUGAUGGCGGUGUUCAGGGAUCGUUCCACUUCCUUUUGGAAGCUCCGGGUGCCGGCCGCCUGUCCCUGGUCUUCCCCUCCGCCACCGCCGGCGGGCUGUCCCCGGGCGUCACAGCGGCGAUCCAGGAGGACGGCAGCAUAGCAGCAGCACCGUACCGGGUGAAGCUCUCACCAAGGCCGGGCGACGACGUCCAAACCGCCUACCCCGCACCCGCCGGCUGGGGCCUUCGCCUCCGUCCGCCAGGCGUUUCCGCGCCGCCGCCGCGCCCGCCGCCAGCCCAGUACAACACUGCCCUGUACGGUAGGGGGCCCUGGCCGCUGGGCCCUCCUCUGUCGUACAAUUGGACGGCGGGGCAGGCGGCGCUGUUGCUGCCGCCGGAGAAUAUCACUGCCAGCAGCGCCCUGAGGCUGGCGGUUUGCUUCACCGCGACGGCGGCGCCGGAGGGGAUUCAGAACCUGGGAACCUUCCUAGCCACGCUGGUUCCGGAGCCGUCAAGCCAGCUGCGGCGUCGGCGUCUGCAUACAGCAGCGGCGACUGGCGCCGAGGCAGCCAAUGCCGACGUGGGCGUGGUACGGCAGCUCGUGGAGGAGUCUGACAUCGUACAGCAGCCGCCGCCAGUGGACGACGGGGAGCUGCCGUCAGCGCCACCACCGCCGCCGCCGUCGCUGCGGCCGCCGCCGCCGCCAGCACCGCCAGGAACCGUCGCCGUCACCGGUAAUGCUGUGGCGGCUCAGCUCGGCCCCGGCGGCCGUACGCUGCUGCUGCUCCGCGCCGCCACCACGUCAGCUGGCUGCGAGGCGGCCUGCACGCGAUUGGGCUUGCAGGCGGGUAUUAGCAACGUGACGGGGUACACGCUCAUGGGGGCAGAGUACGACACCGCUUGGAGCAUGCUGCUGCAGCAGGCGCCCCCCACCUCCCCGGACCCCCUGCAGUCCGCUAGCCCGGUGGGCGUCUGGCUGGGGCCCGCUGCUGCGACCUUUGCGGGGCGCCGCAGCCCCCCGCCGCCUGCCGCCGCACCCGACGCUUCCGCCUGCCUGGCGACUAGUCUGAGGUUUGCUGACGGCUCACUGCGGGCCACGGCCUGCAACAGCCCUGGGUGGUGUCUGUGCGGGAGGUGGUGAGGGUGAGGGUAAGAUUUACCCAGAGGCCGUGCGUGAGAGGAAGGGAUGGACGUGCGUGAGAGGAAGGGAUGAGGAGGGUGUGGUGGGUUGGAGCGCUCUUGCGCAGUACUUGGCAUGUCGAGUUAGUCCUCCCAAGCUGUGGAGAGACAAGGCGCUUCAAGGUACUUGUGGUACGACCGGGUACCACCAGUACGCGGUACCCGUAGCGGUUGUUUACCGGGUUUUGCAUGCCCGGCACGUUCGUAAGUGCUGACGCGGAAUAUGCUUCAUUGCAACCUGGUAUCCUGGCAGGAAGCCAGGAUGUGACGUCUGCUUUGCGGGGGCCAAGCAAAGUGGAAAGGAUGUGAGAGAGGGAAACGUGUUGGGUGGAUUGGGUCGAGUAAGCAGUGCCUGCAGGCGUACGGGCAAUCACGUUUGCCAGCUGCUGUCCGCUACAUUCAAAGCGUAGCGCGCAAUCAUGUGUCGGUUAGUUGAAGGAAAAAGAGAAUGCAUAUAUAUGUGGAUGGAUGCGCGUGCCAGGUCACCUAUUGCAGCAGAGGAAGUUAAAGGAGCAGGAGGCCCGCCGUUUUUUAUGCUGUGUCAUACGCGCAUGCACGUUCAUGCGUUUGUUGUGGUGUCUGGCGUCGUGAUGCGAUCUCGUCCAAAGACGGCAGCGACAGCAGCAGCAGCAGCAGGGCCACUUGUUGCGCGGUGCAGCGGAAGUAUAUACGUAUUGGGGGUGUUUGGGACUAGACGCAAACACUUGUUUCCGUUCGUUAGCAACUAACUAACUCUCCACUCGCUGCGCCUGGAGAAUAUUAUACUAUUUGUUAGUUUUGCAUGAUAUAGCAGCCCCGUGGGGUUUCUGGUACCUUCUUCUGGGUGCAAGCAGCGGUGUGCGGUGCACCUGCCGGCGGGCAGAACUGAUGAUGUUAUGGUGAGCUGUGGAGGCAGCCGCCGACUCAAAUAUGUCCAGCAUGUUAUUGCAAUGCUCGCGCGGGUCAUGUGACGGCUUUUAGGAAUAUAAAGGACGAGAGGCCUGGCAGGUUCACACCUGUUUUGCUGUGAGGUUGUCCGCAGGGUGGCUGGCAGGGUGCUGGCACUGCGUGGGGCUUAACGGGGCCACGUCAGGUCUUCAAAGUUGGUGCGGGAUUUGUUUAGUCUAAGCAGGCCAAAUGCGCGCCGUAUCUGUACUGGCGGCUUGGGCUAUCGCAGCACACGUGCACAGCCCCAGCUGACCGGCUACAUGCAGCCUUUAGCAGGCUGUACCUAUCUCUUACUAUUCACCUUCUGGGGAAUCUCCUAGUGUGCCGUUAACAUACACAUAUAUUUAAUAUCGUGCUGUGACCAGAACCAUGUACUUUUGUAGUUGUCCUGAUUUCGCACCUCUGCUGGUGCGCAGGAUGCUGACCUGCUGCUAUGGCUGUGCUUACGAUGCCUCCUGGUGAUGCGUUGCUGGGUGCUGUGUUUUCCGCAAGCAGCAGUGCAAAGGGUGUUGCGAGGGGGUAGCUGGGUAGGUUGUGGAAGUGGCUUCUGACGGCGGUUGGCUGCCACUGACUGCUGGCCUGACAUGAUACACGCCUCGACAGGGGAUGAGGCGCAUCAUUAUGAGGUUGGUAGCACUGGCAGCAGCAUAGCCAGGACCGAGGAGGCAUGGGCGGCGGGCGGUGGUGGCAUGACACUUGCAAGCCGCGCGGUGGGAACAUCGCGACCCGUUGCAUGUAUAUUACAUUAGCGUCAGGCAGGGGCUCAGUAGGGGGCAGCGCAUCUGUAAGGUGUUGGCUGUUUAUGCCACUCUAUUAAGGACAAGGUUAAUGAGCACUCGGUUUCCACUUACGCCGUCCUGGAACCCUGUUAUUCUUUGAAGGAA